CCACCACGCCCUUACCUUUCCACCCUCGCUCUCCUCAUCGCUCUUCAAUUCGCCAGCUGCCCAGCUGCAGCACGCCGUGAUGGCCUCGUGGGGCCGCUCCAGCGCCGCCUUUCCCUCACAGGCCGCGGCCAACCCACAUGUCUCCUCCUCGCGCGGCGCCGGCCCAUCUCGCGGCCGCGGCUCUGGGCGCGGCGGCGGCGGCGGCAGCAGCGGCCGAGGCGGUGCCCGCGGCGGGCGUGGCGGACAUCGAGGCGCUCCGCGGCGACGAGACAACGACGACGAUGACGACGAGGUGCCUGUCUUCCAGCACGGCCGCAGCGGCGCUCUCGUCUGCGGCCACGCUGAAGGCGCAGAGCCGUGUGGUUGGCGCAGCGACGACGCAACGGCAAUGACGCUGCAUCGCGCCGACAGGCAUCUGAUCCUUCCGCCAGGCGGAAGAGAAGAGCUGGAGCGUAUCGAUCCAAUUGCCAAAGAGGAGCGGAAAGAGCGGAUGAAGAAGGAGCGAAGACGCGCUAGGGAUGGCAGUGAAGACGAGGACGAGGAGGAUGGUCCGGUCAUCGCCGGCCUCAACAUCGCCCUCUCCACGCCCGAGCUGGUGGCCAUGUGGCUUCGCGAGCGCAAGAAGCGCUGGCCCUCGGCGGCCGUCGUGGCGCGCAAGCGGGAAGAGGCUUGGGAUGAGGAUGCGCGUGGCAUGACGCGCGGACGCAUGCCUGUCAAGCGGCCUCGCAUCGAGGAACAGGGGAAGCCUGUGGCUGCUCCGGUUGACCCACGAGAGGCAUCAAAGCCAGCACCAGAAGCAGGACUAGUGCAGCCCCCGCCGGUCGUAGCGCCUGACGCUUCCGAGGACGAGGACAGCGACGAUGAUGGGCCCCCCGAGGAAGCCACAAGCCGCGCACCAGCACCAGAUCCGCCAGCCUCGCCGCUGAGCUCGUCAAGCAGCGUCUCUUCCGAAGACAGCGACGCGGAGAGCGAGCCGGCCGCUGUGGCCGAACCUUUGGCGCCUGCAGACGAGCCCACAGCUGCUUCCACGAGCAGUCGUGCGCCCGAAGAGACACUCGCGCGCCCUUCGGCGCCCACAUGCCGCUUCUGGCUGCAAGGGCGCUGCAACUACGGCUCGCAGUGCAAGUCGCAGCAUCGCGAGCCUGCGCCUGCGCCCGCUGCACGACGAGGUGCCGCUCCUGCAGCCGAGAAGCGCCGAGCCCGGCCUCGAGCGCCGCCGCCAAACCCUUUCCAGGCGCCACACGCCCUGCGCGCUCUGCUCGCCAACGAGAUUUCACAGCACGUCAACUACGUGGCGCAAGUGGUGCGCUUCCUAGUCCGCAACGAUGCGCUUUGCGGCGUCGAGGGCACGCCGGGAGAAGCAGAGGAGCAGCGCAAGCGGAGAGAGAAGGUGCAGAUGCUCGAUGAGAAUGGCCAGCCGAGCGUCAAGGCAGAGGACGAGCCGAUGCCAAGCGCGCCGUUGCACGACGGUGGUCUGCCGACAGUGCCUUCGACGAGCACGCCCGGUGCCGCAUCACUUUUCCGCCCGCCCUCGCCUCAGCUGCGCGCUCUCGACUCGCUCUCCUAUCCGCCCGAGCCGGACCCGAUGAUCUUCCUCGACCCGCUGCGCGCCGCAGACGUCAAGCCGUUGACGCGCGAGCAGGUGUUGAGCAUCGCCACGGACGCGCCGCUCCGUGCGCUGCUCUAUCCGGCCGAACAAGCGGCACUCACGCCGCAUGGCACGCAUCAACGCAUGGCGCCGGCGCUCUGGCGUGCCCUCGAGACACUCGAUGCGCUCCCCAGCGCCGCACAUCGCGCCGCAGCACUCGAGCUGAUCCUCGGCGUCUCUGAGCAAUCGCCGCUGCACGCACAUCAGCUGGGCGCGACCUACGUGCGUCCGCACGCCUCCGGCGGCAGUCGUCCCCGCGUCAUCGGCGAGACAGAGCUGUUCCGUCUCGGCCUGCGCGUCUCGCCAGACGAGGUGGCAGUGCUGCGUCGGCUGGCGCAGCGCGUCAGCGAACUCGUGGGUGCCGUCGAGUUUGCGGCGCACGAGGGCGCGCCGAAGCUCGGCGCGCCGGCGCAGGACAAUGACGGAGGAAGAGCGUUCAGAGAUGCUCAGCGCGCCAGAGAGUACGAGCGCAUGGCGCAGGAGCGCGACCUGCUGCGCAGUCUCGGCAUCGAUGUCGACUAAUCAACCACACGACACAGCAAAGAGAAUUGGGCGUGACGCAAAGUAUGAUUGCGAGGCGCGCUGCAGUGCGCCCUGCGGCGCAUUUUGAGCAUGAAGGCUUGAGUGGUGAGGUUGGUGGGGUGUAGACGCGGCAAUAAGGGCGAGAUGAGG